UCUUGUUUGGGGCAGGAAUGGUUUUAUGGCGUUUGAAACAAACAUCAAAAUCCUGCCUAUAUUUUUUUCAUUUAUGUCGAAUUUCGCCCAAACUCUGAGCCCGCAUCGACGCAGUCAUGAAAAAACUAUUCGACGGCGUUAAAUCGGACAUAAAUAGUGGUAGAGAAGAACCGCCGUCCUCAGGAUUCCAUCAGAUGGCCAAGCCAGCGGCGUCCAUGCCCGUCUCAGUUCCGGCCAACCCUCGGGAGGAGAGUUUGGCUUCAUCGUCUGGCGCCUCGGUCAACAGCAAUAUCACAUUCAGUGCCCCCAGUUCGGUGAGCAGCAGCACAAGUCCUCAACCGGCCAACAAGAGAUCUGCAAAGGACUUCAUUUUCGGCAAAGUCAUCGGCGAAGGGAGCUUUUCAACGGUUUACUUGGCCAAAGACAUUCACACGCACAAGGAGCUUGCCAUUAAAGUUUGCGAGAAGAGGCACGUGAUUAGGGAGAAGAAGGUCGAGUACAUAAAAAGAGAGAAAGAAGUUCUCAACAUUCUGAGCAUGAAUGUCAAACCAACUGGGCCUUUCUUCGUCAAACUGUUCUGCACCUUUCAGGAUGCUGAUAGACUAUAUUUUGCUUUAACCUAUGCUAAAAACGGAGAGCUUUUGCCGUACAUUACAAGAGUAGGAUGCUUCGAUAUUGACUGCACUCGAUUUUACUCGGCUGAAAUUUUGCAAGCUCUAGAACACAUGCAUUCAUUAGGAAUCAUACACAGAGAUCUAAAACCAGAGAAUAUUUUACUGAACGAAAACAUGCACGUUCUCAUCACUGACUUUGGCUCGGCCAAAAUCCUCAACCAGGCUCACCCUAGUGAAGAUGCUGAAAACGAAGAGAGAGCCAUUCGGAGGAGAAACAGUUUUGUGGGGACGGCGCAGUACGUUUCACCCGAGCUUUUGACAGACAAAAAGGCAAGUCCGGCUUCGGACUUGUGGGCCCUCGGCUGCAUCAUCUACCAAAUGGUGGCAGGAAUCACUCCAUUCCACGCAGGGAGCGAGUACAUGAUUUUUCAAAAAAUCUUGAAACUGGACUACUUCUACCCAGACGGAUUCUGUGCAAGUGCAAAAGACUUGGUUGAGAAACUCUUGGUGUUGGACGGCUUGAAAAGGUUAGGUGCUGCGGACGAGACUGGCUAUCCGUCCAUCAAGUUGCACCCGUUCUACCAGGACAUCGACUUUGACAGUCUGUACUGCCAGACGCCUCCUGUCAUUUCUCCCUAUUUGCCAGGAACCUCCAGUCACGAGGAGCUCAGAAGCAAUAGUCAAAUAUGCUGUGGUAUUCCGGAUAAUAUAGAGCCUGGUCUGGACGACAGGCAACUGACAAGAUUACUAGGACUAAAUUUAAGAGAAUCGACUCCGUUGAGCAGUGUUCCCGAGUCGCCAGCACCCGUUCAGGAAAAGAGCAGAUCUAAAAUCUCCAGUUUCUUUCAUUUGUCUGAUGAAGAGUUGAAACAAAAGUUGGAGGCGCAAAAGGCGUCUUCAAAGUGGAACUGCUUCGUGGAAGGAAACCUGAUUCUGAAGCAAGGACUCAUUGACAAACGCAAGGGGCUGUUCGCCAGACGGAGAAUGCUUCUGUUGACCAUGGGACCUCACCUUUACUACGUCAACCCCACCAACAUGGUUUUGAAGGGCGAGAUUCCCUGGAGUUCCUCCCUCAGGGUCGAAGCCAGGAAUUUCAAAAUCUUUCUAGUUCACACGCCAAACAGAAUAUACUACCUAGAAGACCCUGAAGGUUACGCCUUGGAGUGGUGCAGAGCAAUCGAAGAAGUGAGAAAGCUAACCUACGGACCUGAUUCGUAACUAACACUCUAUGUCUAAGCCCAGAAAAUAUUAUUUUAAGUUAUUCAAUAUUUAUAAAAUGCAGUUGAAAGCAAUGAAAAAAAAAUAAUAAAUUCAUAGUAAAACUCUAGUU